AUGCUCGAAAAGAGAGAGUCUAGUGAAGUAGAGGAGCUCUACAGCUCGUGGUCGCUCUUCAUCGUCUGCGUGCUCCUCAUUCUCUCGCUAUGGACGUCAUACUAUCUCCAAAUCAAAAAGAUUCGCGCCAUUCACGAAACUGUCGUAUCUAUUUUUGCUGGAAUGAUCGUUGGCUUGGUUGUCAGACUGGCGCCUGGUCAUCUUAUUCGUGAAAUGUUGUCCUUCAACCAUACACUAUUCUUUAACCUGCUACUCCCUCCAAUCAUCCUCAACUCUGGAUACGAAAUGCGCCAAGACAACUUCUUCCGCAAUUUUGGAUCCAUUCUCACGUUUGCAUUCCUUGGCACAUUUAUUGCCGCUGUGGGUCUUGGCUCCUUCGUCUACGUCUGGGCGCUUUUGGGUCUCGAAGGGCUCAACUUGAGUAUCCUCGACUGCCUCGUAUUCGGCUCGACUCUCAGCGCCACAGAUCCUGUCACCAUCCUCUCCGUCUUUACGCAGUACAAAGUCGACCCGAAACUCUACAGCAUUAUAUUUGGUGAAAGUUUAUUGAAUGAUGCGGUAUCUAUCGUUAUGUACGAAACGUUUACUCAACUACGAGGCAUGGAAGCAUCUACCACCUCGCUAUUUAGCGGAAUCGGGAUCUUCAUCCUGUCCUUUUCAUCCUCCAUGGCCAUGGGAGUUGCCUUUGGCCUGUUUACGUCGCUCGUCCUCAAGUACUCGCAUCUUUCACUCUUCCCAUCAAUCGAAUCGUGUCUCAUCGCGCUUCUCGCGUACACUUCCUACUUUUUCUCUAAUGGGCUCCACAUGUCGGGCAUCGUCUCGCUUCUUUUCUGCGGCAUCACCCUCAAGCACUAUGCAUACCAUACGAUGUCGCGGCGAACCCAGCGAACGACAAAGUAUCUCUUUGCUGUCCUCGCACAGCUAUCUGAGAACUUUAUCUUCAUCUACCUCGGUCUCAACUUAUUCACGCGAGAGUUUGCCGUCUUCAAACCUCUUUUCAUCUUGAUCUCAACAAUUGCAGUCGUUGCGACCCGGUACUUGGCCGUGUUCCCGCUAUCCGAGGUGAUCAACCUUUUCCAUCGGUGGAGAGGACAGCGCCGUCCGGAGCUGCCUCACUCUUACCAGAUGAUGCUCUUCUGGGCAGGUCUCCGUGGUGCGGUAGGAGUUGCUCUUGCAGCCGGAUUUACGGGUCCGAAUCAAGAAGCACUCCGAACAACUGUCCUGGUGGUGGUCGUUUUGACCGUCAUCAUGUUUGGUGGGACGACAGCUAGAAUGCUCGAGGUCAUGGGAGUCCGUACUGGUGUUGAGGAAGGUGAAGAGAGUAGUAGUGACGAAGAAGAGCGCGCUUGGCUUAGGAGUGGAAGGACCGGACCCCCGGGCGCUCGAUGGGAUCCUCGCGCAAGAAAUGCUCAACAUGUGCGUCGAUGGUCUCGUAGUAAUCCAAACGGCCAUACUCCCAACGCGCGAACAUUCUCGGGGAACAGUGGCUCGACUUUUGAUGUUGGCUCUUCCGACUCUGAAGGCAACGAAGUGCUCCCAAUGUCCCGCAACAAUUAUUACAACCACCAUCAACAAUCUCAAACAGACGACGCAGGAAACUCUAGCACAAGCCUGAGACAAGCAGGUGAAGCGUGGUUCCACGCUAUCGACGAGAGAUAUCUUCUACCUCUCUUCUCCAAUGCCGUUGCCUCACGAAAGUUUCAUGCUCGACGAGCUACCCGACGUGCAACGGUGGCGUCUGGUACCACAAAUCCACGAGGUCAACCAGAGGACUAUGAGUACGAGAGUUAUCCAGACAGUCCGGCAGAGGCGCCGUCUCCAUCUGGCAGUCUCUCGACGACCGACCGGGUGACUGGUGCGGUUAAGCGCAAAAACCAAGAAGUCUUGCGGAGUAUUGGAAGUUUUUGGAGAGGUAGCCCUGCGCGAUCUAGAGAUCCUGGUACCUCCAGAGACCAACUGGUUGGUUCGUCCAGCCCAGCCCAAGACCCUCACGCUCUGGGAGCGGAUGCAAACGAGCGGCCUUCUUGA